AUGGCCUUUGGACGAACCACAAUCCUGAAACAGAAAACUGGUAAUGAAAACUUCAACAGACCAUGGGAUGACUACAAGAAUGGAUUUGGAAACAUUUCAGGAGAUCACUGGCUGGGCAAUGACUACAUCCACUACAUCAGCUACAGCAGAAAACACUCACUCUUGGUGCAGGUUGAGACAGGAAGCAGCUAUUAUCAGUAUUUCAUGCAGGAGUUUGGAGUAAAUGAUGAAUCAAGUAAUUAUAACCUGACGUUUGGGUCUCACUUCCCCAGUAACAAGUAUCUUGAAUCCCUCGGAGACUGCCUAGGACCGUUGUACGGUUCAUCAUUCAGCACCCCGGAUCGCGAUAAUGACAAUAGUGCUCGGAACUGCGCUCAGGACUUUCAGUCAGGCUGGUGGUUCAAAGACUGCUCCACCUGCAAUCCCACAGGCGUUUAUGAGGCAUCACCCGUUGGUGGACAAGCUGGAGCAGCUGACAGUACCCUCCAUUGGACCCCUGGGGAGGGACUGGGAAACCGGUCCCCAAGACAGAUGAUCUUGUACCUGGUCUACAACAACCCAGAUACUUGGGGAUAA